AUGGAUAUUCGGAAGAAGCGGAGGCCGUGGUGCAUGGAGAAACCUCGUUCGUGCUCCUUCUCCUGUGGCCUUUCUCUGGCACAAGCAGGUGUGCAGAAAGUUUCGGGUUUCUGCACCUCCCGCCGGUCCGGCACUCCUGAUCAUGCCUACCGCAUCACUAAAAAAGCCCAGAUCUCUGCCCCCACCAAACAACUAUUCUCAGGACGUUUCCCUGAGAAUUUCUCCAUCAUGACUCUGGUAAAGGCCAAGGCUGGUCUUCAGGCCUUCCUGCUGUCCAUCUACAAUGAGCAGGGGGUACAGCAGCUCGGUCUAGAGUUGGGACGCUCACCCAUCUUCCUGUAUGAGGACCAGAAUCGAAAACCCGCCCCAGAGGACUACCCACUGUUUAAAGGGGUCAACCUGGCUGACGGCAAGUCAGUGGCACCGCAUUGCUAUUCUGUGCAGAAGAAGAACAUUACUCUGAUCCUUGACUGCAAGAAUCGAAUUACAAAAACUCUGCCACGUAGCAACAACCCAGUCUUGGACACCAAGGGCAUCACUGUCUUUGGAGCUCGUCUCCUGGAUGAGGAGGUCUUCCAGGGUGAGAUCCAGCAACUGCUGAUCACAUCCAAUCCUCAGGCCGCUUUUGACUUCUGUGAGCACUACAGCCCCGACUGUGACUCCCCUCUGCCCAAAGUCCAGUCACAGGACCCAAACAGCUUCUACUUUGAUGAAGAGCGGGAUGAUUAUGAAUACCCCUAUUAUUAUGAAGGAACUACGAGUGUCCCUCCCUCCCAAUCCAUCCCUCCCUCCGUCCCAGCCGUGGACCCCACCAAAGAGGAGGGAAAGGCGAACAACGGCAAAGCUGAUAAGUCAAAAACUGCUCCAGCCAAAGCUGCUCCAGCUAAACCAGCUAAAGCCAAGCCAACUUCAAAGCCAAAGGACAAACCCUCUGCUGCGCAACUCUUUAUCUCAAAGAUAAAACCUACUUUAGCUUCUAAAUUAGCACCUAAACCAAAAGCAAUACCAGCCCCAAAGAAUGACAACAAAAAGAAGGCAAACGACAAUGGAAAAAAUAACGGUCAAGCUAAAGUAAAUGGGAAUGGGAAAGACAAUAAUGGUGAUGCUAAAGCUAUUGGUAAGGCUAAGGCUGGCAGCAAUGGCAAAGCCAAUAACAAUGGCAAUGGGAAGGCAGCUGUGGAGAAAAAAGCCAACGGAGAAGCUAAAGCUAUUGGCAAUGGUGCGAAAACAGCAAAGACUGAAAAGGCAGCAAUAGCAAAGAAAUCAGAGACAACUGCGAAGACAACAGAGACCAAACCACAACCUGCCAAAGACAAAACAAAAGCCAAUGCAUCACCUGCAAAGCCUAAAGCAACCAAACCUGUGGUAGAAAAAGUUCAGACCAAAGUCACUAAAACUCAAAAACCUGUUGCUUUCAAACCUACCCCUGCGCCUUUGCCUCUCCCUUCAAAGCCUAAGGUCCUGGAUGUCAAUAACAUCAAAUCAAUGUCCAAAAAUUUCCCACCCUUCGACAAGGCUGCUGUGAGUGGCACGACCAUGUCUUCUCCAGAAAUACCAAAGAAGAAACCCACCAGUGGUUAUCAACAGGACGUAGAUCCUGCUUACUCAGAGGCUGAAUACACCCCCACAGACACCGAUUAUUAUUACACAGUAGAAGAAGAAGCGAGCCCACAGCCAGAGAGUGAUCUGACUGGAUAUGAAGAAACCAUUAACCAGGUGGACGAGACUAUCGGCGUCGAGGACAUAGAUGCGACCAAGUCAGGUGGUGAAGGGGUGUCUCAAACCCCAGAAGAGCCCUUCACUGAGGAGUACAUUACCAGCGACCUCGGAAUGAAGGAGUAUGAUUAUUCCUACAGGGACUACAAUGAGCCCAUCAUCGAAAGCAAGACGGAAGACACCUUUGGCCCUGCUCUGUCUGCUGUGACAGAUGAGGGAGGUGCCUCCAUGCGAGCUCAGAAGGGAGAGAAGGGAGAGCCUGCUGUCCUUGAACCUGGCAUGAUGAUUGAAGGACCACCUGGACCAGAAGGACCAGCAGGUCUCCCUGGCCCCGCUGGCCCCCAAGGGCCCCCUGGUUCUGUUGGUGAUCCUGGUGAGAGGGGUCCAACUGGUAAGGCUGGUCUUCCCGGAGCGGACGGUGUCCCAGGACCUCCUGGAACUUCUGUUAUGCUUCCUUUCCGUUUUGGACAGAGUGCUGGCGAAAAAGGGCCCAUUGCCUCAGCACAGGAGGCCCAAGCUCAAGCCAUCCUGUCUCAGGCUCGGUUGGCUCUGAAAGGCCCAUCAGGGCCAAUGGGUUUCACCGGCCGUCCAGGACCUUUGGGAACACCUGGAAGUCCUGGCUUACGGGGAGAAAGUGGGGACCCUGGACCUCAGGGCCCCAGAGGUCCUCAAGGAUUGUCUGGUCCUCCUGGUAAAUCUGGUCGGAGGGGUCGUGCUGGUGCAGAUGGACCCAGAGGGAUGCCAGGAGAGCCCGGAGUUAAGGGUGACCGUGGCUUUGAUGGCCUUCCUGGUUUGCCUGGUGACAAGGGUUAUCGUGGUCAAACUGGAGGAUUGGGACCCCCAGGACCCCCUGGAGAGGACGGAGAAAGGGGAGAUGAUGGAGAAGUUGGACCUAGAGGUCUUCCUGGUGAACCGGGGCCCCGUGGGUUGCUGGGGCCUAAAGGGCCUCCUGGACUUCCUGGACCUCCUGGUGUUCGUGGAAAUGAUGGUCCACAUGGUCCAAAAGGAAACUUGGGGCCUCAAGGAGAGCCUGGUCCUCCAGGGCAGCAGGGGGCUCCAGGAACACAGGGAAUGCCAGGUCCACAGGGUCCUCUCGGACCACCAGGAGAGAAGGGACCCACAGGGAAGCCAGGUCUGCCAGGAAUGCCCGGAGCUGACGGUCCUGCUGGUCAUCCUGGAAAAGAAGGCCCCAUUGGAACUAAAGGAAAUCAGGGUCCUAAUGGUCCUCAGGGGUCUAUUGGCUAUCCUGGCCCUCGGGGAAUGAAGGGAGAUCAAGGGAUCCGUGGACUGAAGGGCCAUAAGGGAGAGAAGGGAGAGGACGGAUUCCCUGGAAUCAAAGGAGACUUUGGUGUGAAGGGAGAGAGGGGAGAGGUGGGAGUGACUGGCCCAAGAGGAGAGGACGGUCCUGAGGGCCCGAAGGGUCGUGUCGGUCCCCCUGGUGAGAUUGGUCCUAUUGGCCAGGUUGGAGAGAAGGGCAAACUUGGUGUGCCUGGACUUCCUGGAUAUCCCGGAAGGCAAGGAAUUAAGGGCUCCCUUGGUUUCCCAGGAUUCCCUGGUGCAAAUGGCGAGAAAGGUGCAAGGGGUUUGAUGGGAAAAUCUGGACCUAGAGGACAGAGAGGGCCAACAGGUCCCAGAGGGCAGAGAGGACCCCGUGGGGCAACAGGAAAGUCAGGUGCUAAGGGCGGAUCAGGUAGUGACGGGCCUCCUGGACCACCUGGGGAGAGAGGACUAACUGGACCUCAAGGUCCAAAUGGAUUCCCUGGGCCGAAGGGACCUCCUGGACCUCCAGGGAAAGAUGGACUGCCUGGACACCCUGGACAAAGAGGCGAAGUUGGUUUCCAAGGCAAAACUGGACCACCUGGGCCACCGGGAGUUGUUGGACCACAGGGUCCCUCUGGUGAGACUGGUCAGCUGGGUGAGCGUGGUCACCCAGGACCCCCAGGACCGCCCGGUGAGCAAGGUCUUUCUGGGCCUUCUGGUAAAGAGGGAACCAAAGGAGAUCCCGGUCCCCCUGGCGGCCCCGGUAAAGACGGACCCCCUGGACUGAGAGGAUUCCCAGGAGAGAGAGGACUGCCAGGAACUCCAGGCACUGGAGGACUGAAAGGAAACGAAGGCCCUGCUGGACCACCUGGAUCUGCUGGAUCACCUGGGGAGAGAGGACCAGCUGGCACCGCAGGACCUGUCGGCCCGCCCGGACGACCUGGACCUCAGGGGCCUCCUGGAGCUGUGGGAGAAAAAGGAGUGCCAGGGGAGAAAGGUCCAAUUGGUCCAGGUGGUCGUGAUGGCAUCCAAGGCCCAGUUGGCCUCCCAGGCCCUGCUGGACCUCCAGGUACUGCUGGAGAGGAUGGAGACAAGGGUGAGGUUGGAGAGCCAGGACAAAAGGGCGGUAAAGGAUCCAAGGGAGAACAUGGUCCUCCUGGUCCACCCGGGCCAAUGGGUCCUGUUGGACAGCCUGGACCAGCUGGUGCUGAUGGUGAGACAGGUGCAAGAGGUCAACAGGGACCAUUCGGCACUAAAGGAGAUGAAGGGACAAGAGGAUUCACUGGGCCUCCAGGCCCCAUUGGACUGCAGGGUUUGCCAGGCCCAGCUGGAGAAAAAGGAGAGACAGGAGAUGUUGGGCCAAUGGGUCCUCCUGGUCCGCCAGGUCCACGAGGUCCAGCUGGUCCUAAUGGUGCUGAUGGUCCUCAAGGUCCUCCAGGAGGUUUGGGUAAUCCAGGUCCCAUAGGAGAGAAGGGUGAGCCUGGUGAAUCUGGACCACCCGGUGUUGGUGGAGAGCCAGGAAAAAUGGGUCCGAGAGGAGAGCGUGGUGAGAAGGGAGAGGCUGGGCAGCCGGGCACCGCUGGACCUGCUGGUGGAAAAGGACCCCCUGGAGAUGAUGGACCCAAAGGAAACCCUGGUCCUGUUGGUUUCCCUGGUGAUCCUGGUCCCCCUGGUGAAGUUGGACCACGAGGCCAAGAUGGUGCAAAGGGUGAAAGAGGAGAGGAUGGAGAACAAGGAGAAGCUGGUUCACCUGGACCAACUGGUGAGAACGGACCACCUGGACCUCCAGGAAAGAGAGGUCCUCCUGGCACAAGGGGACCAGAGGGUCGUCAGGGAGAGAAAGGAAGCAAGGGGGAUUCAGGUGCCCUUGGCCCUCCAGGAAAGACUGGCCCUGUGGGGGCAGAGGGUCCACCAGGAAAACCAGGAACUGAGGGUCUGAGAGGGUUGCCUGGAACAGUGGGUGAGCAAGGCGCUCCAGGUGCUGCUGGCCAGAAGGGACCCCCUGGACCAAUGGGUCCUUCAGGUUUGCCAGGUCUCCGUGGUGACCCUGGUGCUAAGGGUGAGAAGGGACAUCCAGGUAUGCUUGGUCUGAUCGGGCCUCCAGGAGAACAAGGAGAGAAGGGAGACCGAGGCAUGCCGGGACCUCAGGGAUCAUCAGGACUCAAGGGAGAAACGGGUAUGCCUGGAGGAACGGGUCCUCUUGGUCCUGCAGGUCCUGCUGGUAUGCCUGGUCCGAGGGGUAUCAAAGGAGCUAAAGGUGCCACUGGUGGAGCUGGUCCUAAAGGAGGGAAAAAGGUGUACAAGGACCACCAGGACCCCCUGUGA